CACGCGCGUGUGCUGAUUAUUUUUUAUUUAGUUUUAGUUUAUUUAUUUAUUUUUAAGUGUUAGUUUUAUUAGUGAAAAUGAUUCGGUUACUAGUGCUUGUUGUGUUUGUGCUGGAUAUUGGUGAAUGUUUUUUGAAUUUGGCCGACGUGGAGUGUGGGGUCGAUACGGCACGUCGUGGCCGUAUCGUUGGGGGCACAGAUAGUUUGCCAGCGGAGUUCCCGUGGGCAGCCAGUCUUUGGCGACAGGGGGCGCACCAGUGUGGCGCCACUGUGCUUAAUGACCAAUGGUUGUUGACUGCUGGACACUGCGUUUGCAGUGUAUUCCACGAGUUCUACAAAUCCAAACAGCUGACAGUGGUGGUCGGGUACACCGAUAUAUCCAGCAGCGAAGACAACAUGCCUCUAUCCAGGAUACUACCACACCCUGAAUACAGGUGCAACGCCAAAUCCAACGACGUGGCACUGCUCAAAACAAUCCAACAGCUUCAAUGGUCCAGUGACUUACGGCCAGCCUGCCUUCCGCAGCCCGAAGCUCAGGACUUUAGUGGUGCUGUGGCUACAGUUGCUGGUUGGGGAUUCACUAAUGAAGAUAGAGGGAAAGGCUCUCGACCAAACAUCCUCCAAAAGACCGACGUCGUAGUGGUUACAAAUGAGGAAUGUAACCAGUGGUACCAAAGCCAAGGGAAGAAAGUCAACGUCAUCGCGAGUCAGAUGUGCGCGGGCUAUGAAGAUGGAGGCAGGGACUCUUGCUGGGCCGACAGCGGCGGCCCUCUAAUGGUCAAAGAUCAAACCCACGCCAUGGUUAUCGGCGUCGUCUCCACCGGCAGCGGCUGCGCACGCGCAAAAAUGCCCGGAAUCUACACUAGAGUGUCGAGGUACACUGACUGGAUAGUCAGCAGCAUCGAUAGUGAUAAGGGAAGGAGUGGGUUUAGCUGGUUUAGGAACUUGGGCAGGAAGUAG